AUGAUGGUUACGGUGCUGCUGCUUCCGCUCCCCGCCGUCGUGCGUGGCCAGCAGCUGCAGCAGCCGCCUCCGGAGCUCAACAAUCUGACCAGGGACGUCGCCAACUUCAUCUCCGACAAAUUCAGCUUCUGCGUCGCCGACCCGGUGGCGGAUUGGAACGAGGCGUUCAAUUACACCUCCGAUCUUGGAUUCGUCAACAACUGCAUGAACGAGACGGGAGGUGAUCUGGCUGGGCGCCUGUGCACACCGGAGGAAGUGAAAUUCUACUUCUCGAGUUUGUACGACCGAAGAGGCGAGAAGAACCUCUUUCUGAAGACGAACAUAAACUGCAACAGAUCAUCUUGGGUUCAGGGUUGUGAGCCAGGAUGGGCUUGCUCUGUAGGUUCAGUUCCAGCCAGCGACAAAAACAGUAUUCCACCAAGAACUUCAAAUUGUCGGCCAUGCUGCGAAGGCUUCUUCUGUCCCCGUAGUCUCACAUGCAUGUUGCCUUGUCCACUGGGAUCAUACUGUCCGCGUGCCACUGCGAACACAACUACUGGUCUUUGUGACCCAUACAAGUAUCAGAUAACUCCAAACAUGACCAGCUGCGGGGGUGCUGAUACAUGGGCUGAUUUUGGGAGCACUGAAGAAAUGUUCUGUCCAGCCGGUUACUACUGUCCAACACCGACAAAAAAAGAACCUUGCAGCAAAGGACAUUAUUGCAGGCUGGGUUCCACAACUGAAGACAAAUGUAUCAUAAAGGGAUCCUGCAAGCAAAAGACAGAGAAUGAAAACGUUGUCAUCCUUGGCGGUUGCUUAGUGGGCCUACUGUUUGUGUUUCUGCUGAUCAUAUACAACUGCUCAGGCCAGUUCCUGACCAUCCGCGAGAAAAGGAAGGCGAGAUCGAGGGAGAACGCCAUCCAGAUGGCUCGUCAGCAGCUGAAAGCUCAGGAGGGAUGGAAGGCGGCGAAACGGCUGGCGAGGAAGCACGUCAGCGACAUGCAGAGCCAUCUGUCGCGUACAUUCUCUCGCCGGAGUCGAUCCUUUCGUCAGCAUCCGGACCCGGAGAAUUCCGGCCACAGGCUGCAGGAGGCGCCGCUGUUCAUGGGGCAGGAGCUGUCGGACUCUGCUGUUUUCGCAGCUCGGAGCACCGACGAGAUCUCUGAAGCCACCCUGCCUUCAGUCGUGGUGGAUGUAAGCAACGACGGAGAAAUCGUCGCCGGCAAGGCGGUUGCACCAAAGGGCAAGCACAGGUCGACGCACACGCAGAUCUUCAGGUACGCGUAUGGCGAGAUCGAGAAGGAGAAGGUGAGGCAGCAGGAGAACAAGAACCUGACCUUCACCGGGGUGCUGUCCAUGGUGACGGAGCAGCAGAAGGAGAUCACCAGGCCUCUGCUGAAGGUCGAGUUCAGGGACCUGACCUUGUCGCUCGGAAAGAGGAAGCUGCUGAGGUCCAUCAAUGGCGAGCUCCGGCCCGGCCGCGUCACCGCCGUCAUGGGGCCCUCCGGCGCUGGCAAGACCACGUUCCUGAAUGCUGUUACAGGGAAGGUGGCUGGAUACAAGGUGUCAGGCUCGGUUCUUGUCAAUGGGAGGCAUGACAACAUCCGUUCUUACAAGAAGAUCAUCGGAUUUGUGCCCCAAGAUGAUGUUGUUCAUGGGAACUUAACAGUGGAGGAGAACCUUUGGUUCAGUGCAAAGUGCAGGCUCGCCGCGACGACGGCGCACCGCAACAAGGUCCUCACUGUGGAGAGGGUCAUAGAUUCUCUGGACCUUCAGGGAGUGAGAAGUUCAUUGGUUGGGACCGUGGAGAAACGUGGCAUCUCCGGUGGGCAGAGGAAGCGUGUCAAUGUGGGGAUCGAGAUGGUGAUGGAGCCAUCACUUCUCAUCCUGGAUGAACCAACCUCUGGCUUGGACAGCUCCUCUUCACAGUUGCUGCUCCGAGCACUGCGCCAUGAGGCGCUCGAGGGCGUCAACGUCUGCGCCGUUGUUCAUCAACCGAGCUAUACACUGUACAACAUGUUUGAUGAUCUGAUUCUUCUAGCAAAAGGAGGCCUGAUUGUUUACAAUGGUCCGGUCAAGAGUGUUGAGGACUACUUCUCAACACUUGGAAUCAAUGUGCCUGAAAGAGUUAACCCACCAGACCACUACAUUGACAUUCUUGAGGGCAUUGUGAAGCCUGAGUCAGGCAUCAAUGCAAAGCACCUGCCACUGAACUGGAUGCUCUACAAUGGCUAUGAAGUGCCAGGUGACAUGAAGGAUGAUCUCAAGGCAAUGGGUGAGCAAAGGCCACACAUGGGGUCCAGCCCUUCAGCUGGAUCAACUCCACACUGCCUUCCUCAUGUUAGGAAUGCUUUUGCUGAAGAGCGUGACCGUAUCGAGCACCAUUUGUCGAAACCGAAGGAUUUGUCCAGCAGAAGAACACCUGGGGUCAUUAGACAGUACAAGUACUACCUAGGAAGGGUCACAAAACAGAGGUUGCGUGAAGCUAGGCUCCUUGCAGUUGAUUUUCUGAUACUAGGUGUUGCUGGGAUCUGCCUGGGUACCAUUGCAAAGCUCAGUGAUCCAACAUUUGGAAUGCCCGGCUACAUUUACACCAUAAUUGCAGUUUCUUUAUUGUGCAAGAUUGCAGCUUUAAGGUCGUUUUCACUUGAACGGUUGCAAUACUUGAGGGAGAGAGAGUCAGGGAUGAGCUCAUUGGCAUAUUUUCUUGCCAGGGAUACAAUUGAUCAUUUCAGCACGGUUGUGAAGCCAAUUGUUUACCUCUCCAUGUUCUACUACUUCAACAACCCAAGAUCAUCAAUUGCCGACAAUUACGUUGUUCUCCUCGCACUUGUUUACUGUGUGACCGGCAUAGGGUACACUUUUGCUAUCUGUUUCAACCCUGGUUCGGCACAGCUGUGUUCUGCAUUGAUCCCAGUUGUUCUGACCUUGUUAUCCACUCAAAAGAAUACCCCUGCAAUUCUCAAGAGAUUAUGCUAUGCAAAGUGGGCAUUAGAGGGCUUCAUAAUUGUAAAUGCAAAAAGGUAUCCUGGAGUUUGGUUGAUAACUCGCUGUGGGUUGUUGUACAAAACUGGUUUCGACAUUAACCACUACAUGCUCUGUAUCUUGAUUCUGUUUAUGUAUGGUUUGUUCUUUAGGAUUGUAGCAUUUGUAGCCUUGAUUUUACUGAAGAAGAGAUGACCAGAGUGCAAAGGCAGUAACUUUUGAUUUUUUAUUCUUUCAUUAUUUUGUACAGCUGUAAAUCAGUUUUGUCGCUAUUCUUUUUUCUUCUGCUUAUACUUAUAAGCGAAAAUUUGAU